AUGGAAAGAGAAUCGACGAAAUUCAUCAAACGAAAUUCAUCAAGUAGUCAGCGCACCACAAGUCGCUUCCGGGCACUUGUCUGUUCCUAUCUCUCUCUAACUAUCUAUCAUAAUUUGUUCCUAUCUGUCCUUGUCUAUUCUUUAUCUAUCUAUCUAUCUAUCUAUCUAUCUAUCUAUCUAUCUAUCUAUCUAUCCUAUUUCAUUAUCUAUCUAUCUAUCUAUCUAUCUAUCUAUCUAUCUAUCUAUCUAUCCUUCUAUCUAUCUAUCUAUCUAUCUAUCUAUCUAUCUAUCUAUCUAUACUACUUCAUUUCUAUCUAUCUAUCUAUCUAUCUAUCUAUCUAUCUAUCUAUCUAUCUUAUACUACUUCAUUACUUCAUUAUCUAUCUAUCUAUCUAUCUAUCUAUCUCUGUUCAAUAUCUAUCUAUCUAUCUAUCUAUGCUAGUUCAUCGUGUAUGUAUGUAUUUUUGUAUGUAUGUAUGGAUGUUUGUAUGUAUGUAUACUAACCUGUUUCCAUCUAUCUAUCUAUCUAUCUAUCUAUCUAUCUAUCUAUCUAUCUAUAUGGGCCCUAUGCUAGUUCAUGGCAAAACGGUCUAG